CCCUGGAGUAAAACUAUUCGCAUGGCGAUUGAUUUGGAGGCGAUGGGUAUUGGAGGAAAAUCUAGCAUAUUUCAGGCUGGUCCUAAUCCGUGGGCUAUUGAGAACUUUGCGAUGGUAGCAAAAUAUCCCUCUGGCCAGAUUAUAGCUCAGGAUCUAUUUUCUUCUGGGGCUGUAAAAUCUGCUACAGAUUUCCAAGUAUACAAAGAGGUUGCUGGCCUUUCAGGACUUGACUUUGCUUACACGGAUAAUACUGCAGUCUAUCACACUAAGAAUGACAAAUUUGAACUCCUGAAACCAGGAUCUCUUCAACACCUUGGAGAAAAUAUGCUUGCUUUUCUGCUUCAGACUGCUAGAUCUUCUCAUCUUCCAAAAUCCAGUGCAGUGGAAGAAGAGGAAAACACUGGCCACAGCAGUGCGAUAUAUUUUGACAUUUUGGGGACAUAUAUGAUCGUAUUCCGACAACGCUUUGCAAAUUUGCUUUAUAAUUCAGUGAUAAUGCAAUCACUUCUGAUUUGGGCAACGUCGUUACUUAUUGGUGGUUAUUCAGCUGCAGUUUCAUUCACUUUGUCGUGUUUAAGUAUUAUCCUUAUGUGGAUUUUCGCUAUAGGUUUAGCUGUUUUUUUGGCCUUCACCCUGCCCCUUGUAUCUUCAUUUCCAACACCUUAUGUCGCAAGCCCGUGGCUAGUAUUUGGGUUGUUUGCCGCACCAUCUCUUGUUGGCGCGUUAACCGGCCAAUAUAUAGGUUAUCUCAUUCUGAGAGCAUAUUUAUCAAAAGUAUAUUCCAAGAGAAAGCAGCUCUCUCCUAUUAUUCAAGCUUAUUCAGUCAAGUUAGAGGCCGAAAGAUGGCUCUAUAAAGCUGGAUCUGUUCAGUGGCUCUUUCUUCUCAUUCUUGGAAAUUAUUAUAAAGUCGGUUCAUCAUAUCUGGCUCUUGUUUGGCUGGUUCCACCAACAUUUGCAUACGGCCUGCUUGAAGCUACUCUAAGCCCAGCUCGAUUGCCAAAGCCUCUGAAACUUGCAACCCUCCUGAUUGGCCUGGCUCCGCCGAUAUUAAUAUCAUCUGGAACUUUUAUCCGGUUGGUGGGCACAAUGAUUGCAACUUGGGUUCGCUUUGACAGGAACCCUGGUAGCACUCCUGAGUGGCUUGGGAAUGUUAUAGUUGCUAUUUUCGUUGCAGUUGUCGUGUGCCUAACUCUGGUUUAUCUCCUUUCAUACGUUCAUCUUUCAGGUGUAAAGAGAUUGAUUAUCCUCUCAGCAUGCUUGGUGUUCGGUCUCUCAAUCGCAGUGGUUGCAUCGGGCAUAGUGCCACCAUUUACCAACGACAUUGCCAGAGCUGUUAAUGUUGUACAAGUUGUGGAUUCGACAGGAAAGGAAGAUCCUAGCUCUUUUGUAUCUAUAUUUUCUACAACUCCUGGAAAGUUGACAAAAGAAGUUGAACAGGUUAACGAAGGUUUCAUAUGUGGCAGAGAUAAAGUUGUUGAUUUCGUUACUUUUUCGGUCAAAUACGGUUGUUGGGCUUACAAUGAAAAUGAAGAUGGAUGGAGCAAAUCGGAUGUGCCUUUGUUGAAUGUUGACAGUGAUACUAAUCAGCAUAAAAGAAUCACACAAGUUUCCAUUGAUACAAAAAGCUCAACACGCUGGUCUCUCGCGAUCAACUUUGAGGAAAUAGAAGACUUUGCAUUGAAAGAUGCAGGAAACUCGGAGGAAUUAGUUCCGGUUGGCAACAAGAGCGGUGUCGAGGGAUGGCACAUUAUUCAGUUUUCCGGGGGCAAGAAUGCGCCAACAAAGUUUGAUCUCACACUUUUCUGGAGCAAGAAUUCUUCACGGUCAACGGACACCAUCCACGGGAACGGACAGGACCGCCUCCUUCUAAAGCUCAGAACUGAUUUGAACAUAGUUACACCAAAAGUUGAAAGAGUUCUUUCCAAGCUUCCUGCAUGGUGUUCGCAGUUCGGCAAGUCUACGUCUCCUCACACGUUGGCAUUCUUAAGUAACCUGCCAGUUAACUUUUAGCGAAAUUUCAUACCAAAGGAAUGAAAUUAUUUUUUUUCCCAUUUUUUUUUCGGUGAGGAGUGAAAAAUGUAUUUGAGUUUCAUAUAUACCACGAUAAUUACAUCUUGUCCAAAAAUAAAUAAAUAAAUAAUUGAUC